AUGUCCGGCCUGGACAACAAUGACAAAGGGGGCGAAAGCCCGGGCUACUGGAGCCCAACUGAUGACCCGGGACCAGCGCCCCUCGGCCGAUACAAUGCCCCGCGUUCCCUAACGCCAAAGGGCACACUGUUUACAAAUCUCGGCGACGCCCACCAGGCCAUUACCUCAAGGUCGACGUCUCGCUCGGCGGGUGAGGAUGUGUCCGACACGUCUCCCAAGCCGUCUUCUGCUCCUUCUGGGUCAACCUCGUUUGUCAAUGUUUCGGGCUCGUCUGGGUCUGCCGACGAUGAGGAUGACGAGACGGGGAGUGUGGUGCAUCACACACCCCCGUUCAUGAAUGACAUAGGAGGCAACAACCGCGGCAAUCAUAGUCCUUCCGGAAGGCGGCUGGGUGAGCGUUCCGUCACGCCUUUUGCAUUCAUGGGCGCCCCGGCCAACCCGGCCAACCCGGCCAUUCGGGGCAACUGGGGCCACCCAAGCAGUUGGCCCAGUUCUCCGGUCGACCCCUCACCUAAUGUUUCCGGAUUUGGGUCCUCGAGCCUUGACAAUUCGGUCAACUCGGCUAACUCUCUGAAUUCGACCAACUCGGCUGGGAAUGCAGUUGCUACCGCUGAAAGCCGCAAUUCAAGCAGUUUGGAACCACUUCAGGAAGAGGACCAUUCUGUGGUUGACGAGAACGAGAGCACCGCGCACCUUGUCUAUGCGCCUACACCUAACCACUUGCCGGCAGCCGGCACGUUCCCGACUGUUGAGCACAAUGUCUAUGAGGACCGGUCCGAGCUGCGCCGUGCCAAUACUGCUGGGGAUAACCCCUUUGAUCAGCAGCAGCACGCUGACGGACAACAAAUGGGCACUGUUGUACGUGAGAGAUUAUCACAAGCGCCUUAUGUUGAGGAGGUGGUGAAUCCUCAACAUGGGAGAUUCCCCCAAGAGCCUUUGUCUGCUCCGGCUUCCAUUCCCUCAGCCAGCAGCAACAGCGAUGCAUCCAGCAAUGAAAUCCAAAACUCCGGUCUCCCUGUGAGAUCACAACAUGCCUUCUCGGCCGAUGUGAAGCACACAGGCACCAUCGACCCAGGCGACAUCUGCCGGAUCAAUCCGCUCUAUGUCGCGCCGCCGACCAGCCGCCGAUUUCACACCCUACCUGCUGCGCCGAGCGCUGGAGAGUCCGGAUCCGCCGACUUUGAUGGCCAUGACGUCGACAAGAAUGGGAAGGUGGACAAAGUAAAGGGUGUCGACAGAGGCUUUGAUGAAGACAAGUCCAUGCUGCGCCAGCGUGAGAGCCAGCGUGAGAGUGAGCACGACCAAAGCAACACGUCCUCAUUCUUCGUGGAGCCAUCCAGAGAAAGAGAGGUGAGCAUGGCGCUUCGUGUCGCGAGCACAGGCAGCACGUUCUCGACAGGAGAUGGCGGAAUUUAUCACACCUCAUCGCCGGCCGGCUACGGUUCCCCAUAUGGCGGCGCUGGGCCUAGCACUAGCUACAAGUCUCCGACCACUGGUACAAAGCGAAACAGAGACUUUGAUGACGAGGCCAUUGAGAACUACUGGGACGAUGCAUCCCGGCCGAAUGACCCCAACAUGGUUAGGAUUGCAGUGCGACCGGCUCCCGGAGCACGUCCGGGGAUCGUCAGCAAUGAAAGCCCUGGAAAUAAUGGGAAUAAUGAUAAUGACACGCCGGGCACUGUUCGUGGUCACCGCGGCCUCAGUGCCCUGGUUCCCGGGCUAGGUGGUUCACGUCGUCGAAGAAGAGAAGUGAACACUCUAUUGAGCGACGGGGCCGACUGGGAAACAGUGGCCACCAGCAUCGGCCAGUUCGAGAGCAACCGGGCCUUUGCGUCGUCGAUGGAGCUGGACCCUUCGAGCGGGCAUAUUAAGAUGACGGGCAGCAGCAUUGCCGACUACUCGGACACCGAGAGCAUCCACGUGCCUGACUUUGAAGGCUUUUCUGCUUCGACCGAGCAAAUCCUCUUGCAACCUGUGCAGCCGCCGCGGAGUUGUUUCCAGCCUUCGCUACGGGAUUACGACACCCGUUACCCGCGGACCUUGAACGAUACCCACCAUCCGGUGUUUACGCCCACCCCAAGGAUUCACCGCACGAACGGGUAUCUUCAGCGGCAGAGCCGGUUGUUCAUGAGCCACCUUCCCGGGAGCGGGAGUGACCACAACUCAGUGCGUAGUGGAGGAGGAAAAAGUGCUGCGGGCAAUGUUACCGGCAGUGGUACUGGUGGUAAUGGUAACAGCCUGGUGGACAGACUCAGCAAAUCGAUCCGCUCUGGUCGAGGCAGCAGUCACAAACGUGUAAAACUUAGCAGCAAGGACUCUCGGUUUCAGUCUCUGGAGUCACUCUCGUCGACUUACUCGGACCCGCCCGACGGGUUCACUGAGAUCCCCCUGACCGGGGCCUUCCACGACGGCAUGCGGGCCCUGAGCCGACCGCUGAAUAACACGGCCGGGAUCACCAUUAUCGACCGGAACAACAACAAUGGCCAGAGCAGUGAGCCCGGCCCCAGCUCCGGAUCCAGAUCCGGCUCCGGCUUGUUGCCCUCUGCUCUGCCUCGGGCACCUCCUCUAGCACACCUGACCAGAUUGGACCGGGACUCAGCAAACAGCUCCCGCUCGGUGGCUGUUGCUCUUGGUUCCCCCACCAUGUUCAGUUUUCCCCUGAUCGGCCUCAAGGAAGCUGCCGAGCGUGAACGAGAAAAGUCUAACCAGGCACGACUUGCUGACGAGAACGCCGAACGCAAAGCUAAAGCAGCCAGCAACGCCAACGCUCUUGGUCAUCCGGUCAAGAACCAGAGCAUUGUCUCUUCCAACAUCAGGAUGAUUCCGGCUACUCCUCCGGCUACCAGACCUGCUUCGACACGUCCCUCUUCGUACCGCCCCUCGUCGGUCAGCAUCUUUGGCAUUGCCAACUCGCCCCGCGGACGUGCCGAGUUUAUGCUAGACGACAUCAUGGGCCACAAUCGCGGCACCUCCAACGUGACCUCCUUCAAGAGCGGCACGCCCCUCGUCGACACCUCGGCCGACAUUUCCGCCGCCGCCGACACCACGGCCACCACGGCCGGCAAAAAAUCCAAGGGCAGCAGCAGCACCAACCGCUUCUCGCGCGCCUUCCGCACCAGCAUCUUCAGCGGUCUCCGCGCCGGCCCCCGCGCCGUCUUCGCCAGUCCGCCCCGUCUCGUCCCCCGCGACGAACGUCGUCUGGCCCGCGCCCGUCUGGCCCAAGCCGAAGCCGCCGGCCACCAUAACCGACCGACCCCGGCCCCGUCCACGGCCAACGGCCACAACACCAGCUCGCUAAUCGCGAUGUCCUACCUCUCCCCCGCCGAGCUCCGCCAGCUCGCCCUCGACUCCGCCGCUGCCAACGGCAGUGUCGGUCUCGGUCCCAACGGCGCCAUCUUCGAUCCGGCUGGUAUGCCCUACGGCUUUGUCCCCGAGCACCCUCAGCAGUUCACCACCGCCGCCCUGGAGGACUCCGAGGACGCUUACUUGUCUUGGGACUCGCGCCGCCGUCGCCAGAUGUGGUACAUCUUCAUGUGCGCGCUGUGUAUCUUCCCCUUUAUGGCGCCGCUUAUUGCCCGCGGCACGUUUGAUCCGGCUCUGGGAUGGCUGACGCAUGGGGAGGUGGGCUCGUUGACGCGUCGCCAGCGCAGGAAUGUCAUUAUGUGCGCUAUUGUUUGGGGUGGGGUUUGGUUGGUUGUUGUUGCUGUCGCGGUUACCGUGCUGGCGACUACUACUAGGAAGUAA